UUUAGUUUCAAAACAAUUUGCACGUGCUAGGUGUUGUGAAGGCUCCUUUCGAGAAUUUCUUGUUGCCGCGUACUAUUCAUUCUCGAAUAGAGUAGCCACUGUAUCGAUAUUUAUGACCGCUCGUUUUGUAUUCCGAAGCAGUGUUACGUUCAUUACAAAAAAAGCUCGGCAAAUGUCUCAAAGCGCCCAAACAAAUGGCAGUGCAGCUGAGGGAUCAACCGCCUCAGAGCCGAGUAAUUUUCAGUUCAGCAAUAAUUUGAGCCUAGAAACGAUACGCCAGAUGCAAGCAGAUUUUGCGAAAGAGAGGAAUUGGGACCAGUACCAUUCGCCAAGGAACAUUCUUCUUGCCAUGGUCGCUGAAGUAGGAGAAGUUUCCGAAUGCUUCCAGUGGAAAGGUGAAGUCAAAGAAGGCCUGCCAGACUGGACGCCUGAGGAAAAGACGCACUUAGGUGAAGAACUGAGUGAUGUCUUGGUUUAUCUCAUUCGUCUCGCUGACCGCUGUCAAGUGGACCUGCCAACUGCGGUGCUUCGCAAAGUGGAACUCAACAGACAGAAGUACCCGGCAUCAAAAGUGUAUGGCAAGAGCGACAAAUACACUGCCUACACUGAAGGGGACAGUUAAAUUUCAUUGCUUUGGGCUUGCUUACCGGCUGAUCCUUGCUGCUGCUAAAAGAUCUUGCCCUUUAGCUGUACAUUAACAAAGAAGCACAGCUAAAAAAAUGCCUUUUUGGUGUACAAGAACACAUUUUUGUUCUAGUUGGCGACACCAUGCGAACCUUAUUGAGCUUACCUUUAUGUUCAGUGAGAAUGUGACAGUUCUGCUAAACUGGGACUACUAGCAGAAUUUGGAAUCAGUAGGUAGGAAUCGUCCCUGUUUGCAUGAAAUGGUGUUGCUUGAGGUUACAUAGUAAAAAAAUAAACGUUGCACGUACCUUUGAGACAUGAGUGGCAGCUUAGACUGACACUUCCAGGUGAUUGUUGCCAUGCUGUGUAUGAUCCCUCUUUGUUUCUUUUUUUGCGCAUGCGGCAGUGUGAUAAGAUGGAGAGGGGCCACAUGACUUCUGAGAGUGCGCAUGGCUGCUAGUCUUGGGGAACAAGCUGCACACGACCACGCUUCUAUUUAUGCCACACACUGGCAAUCACAACAAAGUUUGACCACAGGUUAGCAAUCUUCAGAGGCCAUGCUGCCCGUGACCUCUCUAUGUUCUGCCGUGCAAAGUGGAAUUUGCCUGGAAGGUGCAACUAGCAACAGAAAGGUGUUUUCAUGUUGUGGGUUGAUCUUAAAAACUGGCAGUAAUUUAGUAGCAUUGGCUAGAACUGUUACAUGCAGCAUUUGUAAUUGUGCAUUGCGCAGCUACUUUUGUUUAGUAAAGAAGAAAUUAUUUGCACUUCAACAAA